AUGGUAAUGAUGAUGACUAUCGAGGAGGAGGAACAACCGGUGGUUGAAAAUGGACGAGAUCAGGAAGAGGUGAUGAUGAUGACUAUCGAGGAGGAGGAGGAACAACUGGUGGCUGAAAAUGGACAGGAAGAGACAAAGUCGAAUGGGGUGCAGCAGGUACAUGUGGAUGUCCAGGCUGAAGAGCAGGUGGAUGGCGAUAAACGAGCAGGUCGAAAAGAGGACGAAAGUGCUGCAGGAAGAGGUGAUGAAAAAGGCGUGAUUGAAAGUGAAUGUGAGGAAGAGGAAGAGGAGGAGACGCUCGUUGUGCUGGAGCUGUGCGACUUUAAGAACCAUCCGCUGUUUGAAGACUACAGCUCGGCGACGCUCGAGGGCAUUGACACGGCGACGCCAAUGCUGAGGAUCGGAGAGUACACUUUGCAUGGUAAGCUCGAGGAAACCGUGGGCACGAGUUACUUCUACGACACGGACACGACGAGAGCCGCCGACAAGACGUACCAAUUCGCAGGCCAGACUAUCAAGAAGAUGAAGUUUACCAUUGCACCACCGGAAGAAUUCUAG